AUGACUUCGCCCUUCAGCACCAAGAGCCUGAGCAACACAAACUUCCCGAAUCUUCGAAGCAUCUCUGACUUGGAGCCCUUCCCUCCGUUUGAUCCGAGUUUCGGUCGCACAAUCAAAAGCAAGAAGAAGUUGUCUGGCCUUGCCCAUCUGUACCAGAGCCAGGCAUUCCCCCCUAUUAAGCCUCUUGCUACUAAACCAGAGAGACGACGAAUCAGACAAGUCUCGGUCUCUCAAGUGUCCACUAUCAGCUCUAGCUCCGUUGGUAGACUCUGUGACCUAGACGAGGACGUUUUUGUAAGGUUCCCAUCUUUCGAGGAGGCUUCGGUAAAGCAGCUCGAUGAACUCCUCGAGCAUGAGAGCCGGUUCGCUCAGUACUACGAUGAGGAUGAAGAAGACGAUGAGUGGGGCGUCGAGUAUGACGACAUCGAUGAAGCCGCGGUCUCGUCGAAGAGGAACCCCAAUAUCGUCGAUUACGAGAAGUACGCCGAAGAUAGUGUUAUCCAGCAGAUCUAUGAAGAUCUUCCCGAGGUUGAGAACUCUGAUUUCAAGACCGCCAAGAAGUCGGCCCGCAACUUGCGAUUUGGCAACUACACCACCGGCAAGUAUGUGAAGAUCAAGUCGGAGGACGAAGAUGGCGCGUCGAAGCCAAAGAAGAAGAUGGGCAAGUGGGCUACGGGGUUUCUUCGCAAGGCCGUCGGCCUCUUCUUUCCGAAGAACACCUAA